UCUGCCGGCCGGCUUCUCUUAGUGUGUGUGUGUGGACCGUGGCCGCGGCUGCUCACCACCGGAGCCCAGGGGCCGCGGAGGCCGGAGGAGCACACGAGCAUCCCGGCGUCCCGGUCCCAAGCGGCGUGGCCCGCGGGACAUGGCCAAAGGAGAGGGCGCCGAGAGCGGUUCCGCGGCGGGGCUGCUGCCCGCCGGCAUCCUCCAAGCCGGUGAGCGCCCAGCGCAGGUGAAGAAACAGCAGCAGAAGCAGCAACAACUAUCCGUUUGCAACAAGCUCUGCUAUGCAGUUGGAGGGGCCCCUUACCAGGUGACAGGCUGUGCCCUGGGCUUCUUCCUGCAGAUAUACCUGUUGGAUGUGGCUCAGGUGGACCCUGUAUCAGCCUCCAUCAUCUUGUUUAUGGGCCGGGCCUGGGAUGCCGUCACCGACCCUCUGGUGGGCUUCUGUAUCAGCAAAUCCUCCUGGACCCGCAUGGGCCGCCUCAUGCCCUGGAUCAUCUUCUCCACGCCCUUGGCCAUCAUUGCCUACUGCCUCAUCUGGUUCGUGCCCGACUUCCCACAGGGCCAGACCCUUUGGUACCUGCUUUUCUAUUGCCUCUUUGAGACACUGGUCACGUGUUUCCACGUCCCCUACUCAGCUCUCACCAUGUUCAUCAGCACGGAGCAGAAUGAGCGGGAUUCAGCCACUGCUUACCGGAUGACAGUGGAGGUGUUGGGCACAGUGCUGGGCACAGCCAUCCAGGGGCAAAUUGUGGGCCAAGUGAAUGCACCUUGUCUCCAGGAGCCCAAUGGCUCUGCAGUGGCCUUGGAAAGUGCCAAUCGGACACACAGCUCCACCUCGCUCAAAGAAACGCAAAAUGCGUACCUGCUGGCAGCAGGAGUCAUCGCCUCCAUCUAUAUUGUCUGUGCUGUCAUCCUAGUCCUGGGUGUGCGGGAACAGAGAGAACCCUAUGAGGCCCAGCAGACGGAACCAAUGUCCUUCUUCCGGGGCCUCCGACUGGUCAUGAGCCAUGGCCCCUACGUCAAACUGAUUGCCGGCUUCCUCUUUACCUCCCUGGCUUUCAUGCUGGUGGAGGGCAACUUUGCCUUGUUUUGCACCUACACCCUGGGCUUCCGCAAUGAAUUCCAAAACCUACUCCUGGCCAUCAUGCUCUCGGCCACAUUCACCAUCCCCAUCUGGCAGUGGUUCCUAACCCGGUUUGGCAAGAAGAUGGCUGUGUAUGUCGGGAUCUCGUCGGCAGUGCCGUUUCUCAUCUUGAUAGCCCUCAUGAAGAGUAACCUUAUCAUCACCUACGUGGUGGCCGUGGCAGCUGGUGUCAGCGUGGCAGCUGCCUUCUUACUACCUUGGUCCAUGCUGCCUGACGUCAUCGACGACUUCCACCUGAAGCUGCCACAGCACUCCCAAGGCACCGAGCCUAUCUUCUUCUCUUUCUAUGUCUUCUUCACUAAGUUUGCCUCUGGAGUGUCACUGGGUAUCUCCACCCUGAGCCUCGACUUUGCCGGGUACCAGACCCGAGGCUGCUCUCAGCCAAAGAGUGUCAAGUUUACACUGAAGAUGCUGGUGACCAUGGCCCCCAUAGCUCUCAUCCUCCUGGGCCUGCUGCUUUUCAAGCUGUACCCCAUUGACGAGGAGCGGCGGCGGCAGAACAAGAAGGCGCUGCAGGCUCUGAGGGAAGAAGCCAGCAGCUCCGGUUGCUCUGACACAGACUCCACAGAGCUGGCCAGCAUCCUGUAGGGCCUCCUGGUGGCCUUGGGGCCACCAUGCAGAAGGCCUGGGUCCACAGGCCACACAAGGGACCAGUCACCUGUUUGCACACUCUGAGCAGCUGGCCUGCAGGUGCCAGGAAGGGAACAGACGACUCCAGAGCCAGAGCCAGUGAGUGGGGGCCCCAGGAUGCCUCCUGCUGAGCUCCCCAAGGGGCAGUCAGUGGCUGCCCCCCUCCACCCACCCUCAGGGCCAAGCCCCAGGGCUGCUACUGUGAAUAUGCCAAGGACUGGACUGCUCGGGCUUGGCCCGGAACACUAAUAUAAACAGGUUUUAUACAGAGACUAAUGAAUAACUUAAUGACUGUGUACAUAGCCAUAUGUAUCUGUAUAUGUCUGAGCUAUUAAUGUUAUUAAUUUUCAUAAAAGCUG